AAUCACACACAUGUGUAUUCGUAAAUCAACUACCUUCGAUACUUUAGUUUAGGCAAUCUGUGAGUUCUGUGUAAGAAUAUGAUCAAAGAAUUAAGGCGAAAACUAAAGUUGUAAAGACUUAUGUCAGUUCGAAGUGUUCAGUGAAAAAUUGUGAAGAAAAUGGCGUGCAAAAGUAUAAUCUUGUUGUUUUUAAUAUUCUCAAAAAGCCUCUGUGAUGACUGCUUUCGUUACGACUUCGAAGACAACUUCGAAAAGAAAUUCAGUCCGAAUACUGGAAUUUGUUUCGGGAUGAGUCCUUGGGCCUUAAAUAAUUACACCUCUUUGGGAAUCGACAGUCCACACCCAUCGAGCUCAUCAUUUAUAUCUCCAACCAAUUCCUUAAGCUGCGUUUCGUCUGUCAGUUUUUCCAUGGGAUUUGGAGUGUUAGAACUAAACGUUUAUGUGGUGGAAGUCUUGCCAUCCAACAGCAUGCAAAUUUACGUCAUGGCAGAACCUUCACAUUUGGUCGCCUUUUUGGGAUAUGAGUCACAUCAUUACAAACCAGGUUGGAAUACGUUGAGAAUACGCAUACAGCGCUGGGCAUUUCAAGGUUAUGUCGUGUUUAUGGGUGAAGCUGCUAGCCCACAGUCAGUGGUACUAAUUGAUUCAUUCCGAUACAUUCCAUCAACGAUUGAUGAUGAAAACUGCAUAAUAUACCCAGAAAACAAUCCGACUUCUGCGUCUACUAAUGAUGUAGACAUUACGACAACUUCAACGGAAUCAGAUCUAUGGACAACACCUAAAGAUCUCACUUCGACUAUAACUAAUCAAUGGACAACUGAAUAUCCAGCGACUGUUGAUAAUGAACUUAUUCAUACAACUGAUAAUUUUACACCAGGUUUAACCGAUUCUGACGAUAAUCAAAUAACUGUAUCAACUUUAGAUGACGAAUGGAUACAUACAUCAACUAUAAAUGAAGAGGAGAUCAUUUCCACGACUAAUAAUGAUAAUAACACACCAACACCUACAACGGGGUCAGAUCUUUGGACAACUAAAUAUCCAGCCACUGUUGAUAAUGAACAGUUUGUUUCUACAACCACAGAGCAUUUUACAGGAAGCGUAACCGAUUCAACUGUAGAUGAGGAAUGGAUACACGCAACGACUAAAAAUGAAGAAGAAAUCAUUUCUACAACUAGUAAUAGUAAUGACACACCAAUUACUUCAACGGGGUCAGAUGUAUGGACAACUAAAUAUCCAGCUACUAUUGAUAAUGAACAGUUUAUUUCUACAACCACAGAUCAUUUUACAGGAGGCGUAACCGAUUCUACUGUAGAUGAGGAAUGGAUACACGCAACGACAAAAAAUGAAGAAGAAAUCAUUUCUACAACUAGUAACAGUAAUGACACACCAAUAACUUCAACUGGGUCAGAUCUAUGGGUUACAGAUCCAACUGACGUUAUUGUAACAGACAUGCCGACAACUAAUAUUAGUUUUAGUACUGACGAUGAUUCAAAUGAAGAAGAAUAUACUUCUACUACAGAUAAAACAACAGGACCAAUUAAUGAUAUCACAACUGAGUCGGAGCAAUGGGUAACCAAGACAACUGUUGUUGAUAAUGGAAUAGAAGAAGAAACUGUCACUGAAAUGACAUCUGUCACAGAAUCGUCAACGUCAAUUUAUCAUGACGGAUGCAUUACAUACAAUUUCGAGGCAGGAUUUGACUCAAUAUUCUCUUCAGGAUCUGGCCUAUGUUAUGGAGCGAAUCCUUGGAUAUUGUAUAAUUACACAUCGUCAGAAAUACAAAGUUGGCACCCGGAUAGCACUAAGUUUAUAUCACCUUACUUUUUGAGUUGCAUAACAUCUACUGAUUUACGAUUGGGAAGCGGGGUUGUUGAAAUUAAUGUUUACAUGGCAGAUCAUCAGUAUUCAAAUUUUACCGCUUUUUGGAUGAUUCACAUUAUAGUUCAGAUGAAAUCUGACGAUGGAUUUGGUAGAACUGUUGCAGUUCUAUCCUACAACUCACAUACCAAUAAUUUUUUACCAGGUUGGAAUAGUAUAAGAAUAAACAUAAGAAACCAACAAGAAUUCGACGGGCAUAUUAUUCUCAUGGGCAUGGCAGAAAAUCACGAAGCUCUAUUAGUGGACUCGUUUCUGUUUAUCCCAGCUACUAUGAGUGAAGAUUUGUGCUUUGUAUACAGCACAACGGCUAUACCGCCUUCUAUAACAACAAUAAAUACUCCUAUAAUUGAUAUAAGCACUGAUGGUUCUGAUAAAGAAUACACUACUAAAGGAUGGAUAACAAAAACUACUGAUGUUGAUGAGCUAACAACAAUGACAUCUAUUUCCGAUCAAAAUAUGUCUACAUAUCAGCCUAUCGAUGAUAAUGGGUGCAUUACCUACAAUUUCGAAGAAAACCUUGAUUCUAAGAUAGCAAAUGAUCAUUUUCUUUGUCCGAAAUCCCGUGGAAACCAUUGGACUUUACAAAACUAUUCUUCUCUGGGAUUAGAAAGUCCGCAUCCACUAAGCACAUCGUUCAUAUCACCGCUAACACUACCCAGCUGUAUAGCAACUACCAAGUUUUUUGUUAAAACUGGAACAUUGGAAAUCAUUGUUUUCUUUGAAAGUGCAGAAGAAUCCGGAGAUCAUAUUACUAUAAUGGUUAGUGGAGGAAUAGGAGUUAUUAUUGCAUAUGUAUCAUAUACGCCACGAUCUGCCAAUUUUGUAUCAGGCUGGAAUACUUUAAGUAUAAACAUAAAUCUGCCAGAUGAAGUUGCAGUAGAUAUUUUACUGACUGGGUCCGCAGCUGAGAGUUCAAUCGUAUUGGUAGACUCGUUCCGAUACAUCCCAUCAACGAUGGAUGAAAAAAUUUGUGUAAUUUACGACACAGAAAUAACAACGCCAACUGAUGCUGUAGCAACAGAAAAAUACACCGAUGAUUCUAAUUCAAGUUGGCCAACUGGGACUUAUGAUUGGACCAUAGGAACAACAAACCUUGGUAAUCAAGAAAUAUCCUCUAACCCAACAGAAUCAGGGCCAACUGUGACUUAUGAUUGGGGCACAGGAACAACUAACCUCGAUAGUCAAGAAAUAUCCACUGUUCCAACAGAAUCAGGAUCAACUGGGACUUAUGAAUGGACCAUAGGAACAACUAACGUUGAUAAUCAAGAAAUAUCCUCUAAUCCAACAGAAUCAGGGCCAACUGUGACUUAUGAUUGGGGCACAGGAACAACUAACCUCGAUAGUCAAGAAAUAUCCACUGUUCCAACAGAAUCAGGAUCAACUGGGACUUAUGAAUGGACCAUAGGAACAACUAACGUUGAUAAUCCAGAAAUAUCCUCUAUUCCAACAGAAUCAGGGCCAACUGUAACUUAUGAUUGGGGCACAGGAUCAACCAACCUUGAUAAUCAAGAAAUAUCCUCUAUUCCUACAGAAUCAGGGUCAACUGGGACUUAUGAUUGGACCACUGGAACAACUAACGUUGAUAAUCAAGAAAUAUCCUCUAUUUCCACAGAAUCAGGAUCAACUGGGACUUAUGAAUGGACCAUAGGAACAACUAACGUUGAUAAUCAAGAAAUAUCCUCUAUUCCUACAGAACCAGGGCCAACUGGGACUUAUGAUUGGGGCACAGGAACAACUAACCUUGAUAGUCAAGAAAUAUCCUCUAUUCCAACAGAAUCUACUGUAUUAGAUGGACAAGAGACAGUUUCAGAAACAGGGACAACAACAAACCCAUGGAUAACAACAAGUAUACACGAUGAGGGCACUGACACACCAGCAACCGAAACCACAGCUAAUGAUAGCUGCACUAAAUAUAAUUUCGAAAAAGAUUUUGACGUACUGUUCACAUCGGAAUCAAGCAAUUGCAGGGGAAUGCAUCCUUGGACACUAAACAAUUAUACUUCAAUCGAUAUAGAGAAUUUACAGCAAUCGAGCAAUUUGUUCAUAUCUCCUAUAACAGCAUUAAGCUGUGUGGAGUCUUUCAAAUUUGUGAUGGGGCAUGGAACGUUGGAAUUCCGUGCAUAUAUUGGGGAUGCACUGUUUGCGAAUAUCAUAAGUGUGCUGGUUAGGGACACAGCUGGAGGUGGUGUCGUGACCAGUAACAUGUAUAGCCCACUUUCUCAAAGUUUUGCGCCAGGCUGGAACGUGUUAAGAGUAAAAAUUGAAAGACCGCAAGAAUUUGAGGGCUAUUUCAUCCUGCAAGGCUCCUUGGCUUCAGUGGACUCAGUGGUGUUAAUUGACUCUUUCCGAUACAUCCCCGCAACAAUGAAUGAAGAACUGUGUACGGUGUAAUAAGCUUUAAAAAAACCUUGCUUUAAACCAUAUCCAAAAUGCAAAAAUACUACUGUAGGAGAAAAUAUAAUAAUUAUCUUGAAAUUCAG